CUCGAGGGUCCCUUCGCCCUGGGUUCUGGGCCGCGGGGCGGAGGCGUUCCGGUGGUGGGAUCUGGGUUGGGACGUGGUGGACGCAGGCCUGGCCCUCCCGGCAGUGCACCGACUACCCGCGGGGUGGGGGCCACGUGGGACCUGUCGGCCCCGAGAUGUCGUACAUGCUACCGCACCUGCACAAUGGCUGGCAGGUGGAUCAGGCCAUCCUUUCGGAAGAAGACCGCGUGGUCGUCAUUCGGUUUGGACACGACUGGGACCCUACUUGUAUGAAGAUGGACGAGGUUCUGUACAGCAUAGCUGAAAAGGUAACACAGCCCCGCCUCACAACGCGUCCCGGCGCCGGUUCGGUCCUUUCGUCGUGUUGGAUUGCUUUUGCUUUGCCGAAAUGGCAGAUAAUGGGGGAUCUUCCUCACCUUGUUACGAGCCCUGUUUGGAUACCCCAGCUGUUUAAAGUUAAAAAUUUUGCAGUUAUUUAUCUUGUGGAUAUUACAGAAGUACCUGACUUCAACAAAAUGUAUGAGUUAUACGAUCCGUGUACUGUCAUGUUUUUCUUCAGGAACAAGCACAUCAUGAUCGACCUGGGCACCGGGAACAACAACAAGAUCAACUGGGCCAUGGAAGACAAGCAGGAGAUGAUCGACAUCAUCGAGACGGUGUACCGGGGCGCCCGGAAGGGCCGCGGCCUGGUCGUGUCUCCAAAGGACUACUCCACCAAGUACAGAUACUGAGCCCUCGCCCGGUCCUGGUGCAUUCGGGUGCCGGGGAGUCGUCCUCACAGGAGGUGUUCUCAGCUAUUUAAAGCCUUUGAGAAAGCGUUUGGCAAAGUACACACAGCUCAAGGAGCUGGAGGGGUUUGCAGUGUGAGUGUCACUGCCUCGACUUUCAGUCCAUCUGGUCUCGUAUUUUUGUAUCAGCAAAUAUCUGUAAAUAUCUAGCUGAAAUAAAAUACACAGUGAUGGGAACAGUCAAAA